GAGGCAAAACAGAAAAUAUUUGCGUUGGAGAUGGCGUGGAGGGUAUACCGAUGGAGUCCGAAGGGGGCUUGGGAGCAAAGCCCGAGUUCUGGACACGAAAGACGGGCGGCUGGGAAAAAGGUAUCAGAUGGAAAGCGUGAGGAAAUAGGCGGAGUUGGGUGGCGGGAUAUGCCGGGGGCGUGCAGUGUGAGAGAGUUGGUGGUAGUCGUCUUGGAGUGUGCCCUGGUCUACCCAUAUCCUGGUCUACCCACCGUCUCUGCCAGUCUCUUUGCUGCUUACUCCGUCUCUCUCUUCUUCAUCCUGUCGACCCUCGCGCCAGUCUAGCCAUGUCCGCCUCCGCUGGACGCAAAAAGUCCAUCAUCUCUUCGGCAGGCCCUGUCAUCGAAGUUCCCGUUGCAAACAACACUCUUCUCAACAAGGCCGCCUCUCAGUCGACUUCCCUCUACCAGCAAUGCUCUGCUCUUCGUGCUCGCUUGAUGCGGGUCCAGGACUUUCCUGAAUACUUCACUCUCUCUUCAAACAAUGACGCCUCUUCCUCUCGCCGCUCUACCGAUCCCGUCACUCAGCUCUGGGAUUGCUUCGCCCUCGGCGUCCCUCUCUGCUACCUUCUCAAUCUCCUACCUCCCCCGAUAAAUCCCGUUUCUGUCGAUACCGCUUCCUUUGAUCCUACCAAUGACAAGACUAGAAAGCGUGCUAUCGCCCAGUUCGCAAUGGGUGUUCGUCAGAUCGAAGGUUGCCCUACCUUCACCGUGACGGAUCUGUGGGACCGGAGUUCUACUGAUGGAUUCGUCAAGGUCGUCAACAUCGUCUCAACGGUUGUCGAUAAUAUUCCUGACAAUCUCUUCACUGAGUCGCCUCCCUCAUCACCGCCAACUGAGUUCUCGGCGAAGGACUCGAGCGACUCACUCCCUACGGAGCUCUCGAAUGGUGCUGGACCCAUGGAUCAGCAUCCUGGAGCUAACGUAACAAAGGAAUUACUGUACACUGAACGCAAAUACGUGCAGGAUCUGGAAACUAUGCAGUCGUACUCGAAUGCGCUUUCACAAAGCAAUACGAUUGAUUUGGACACGAUCCAUCUACUGUUCCCUAAUCUCAACAAGCUGCUCAACUUCCAACGUCGAUUUCUUAUCAAGAUGGAAAGUAUCGCUGAAUUCCCUUGGAUGGAGCGUCGAUGGGGCAGUGCCUUCACAGAAUUCGAAGAAGAAUUUGCAGUGUACGAGUCCUAUUGUGCCAACUACACCAACGCCAGCGAGAUCCUCCUCCAGGAGGAAAAUAAUCUGAUGGCGCUGGAUGGCAUGCUCAAUGUCAAGUCUGAACUUCCGGCGUUCCUCAUUAAGCCCGUGCAGCGUGUAUGCAAAUAUCCGUUACUUCUUGACUCUCUAAUCAAGGCGGUCAUGAACACGGAAUAUGCACAUCUCGACGAACUCAAGCAGGGUCUUGCUGCGGCGAAGCGUAUCACGGACAAAGUGAACGAGGAGCAAAGGCGGGCAGAGAACAGAGCAACCGUCAAGAACCUCGAAGGUCGUGUGGAAGACUGGAAAGGCCACCAUAUCUCCAACUUUGGCACCCUCCUCCUCGAUGAUAUCUUUACCGUCACGAAGUCAGACAUGGACAGGGAGUACCACGUCUUCUUGUUCGAGAAGAUCAUCUUGUGCUGCAAGGAGUACAUUCCGUCUGCCAACGGCAAGAAGGUGGGCAAGAGCAAUUCUAUACUCAAGAAGCAAGGCUCUCCGUCGCCUCUCAACCUUUCUGGCCCUAGUGGAUCCAAGAAGAAGAACACUCCUUUACUUCUCAAAGGCCGGAUCUUCCUUAAUAAUGUCACUAGCGCGGUUCCCAAAAUUAAUGCAGGUCAAUACUCUCUAGCCGUAUAUUGGAAAGGGGAUGAUGAUCUCGAAUUCUUUACCUUACGUUGCCGUAAUGAGGAGCAACUGCGACUCUGGGAACAUUCACUUGUUCGUCUAAUCGCAGACGUCACUGCCCGGCGCACGUCAGACAGAACUGCACAAUACCGCGCAGCAAUCCCAACGCAAUUGCCUAAUAGUACCAGCCCUGCGCCAGCCGCACGCCAGGUACCGUUCCAAUACGGCGCACCUUCGGAACGCGCCCUCAAUGAACGUACAAUGUCGAUGUUCUCACAAGCUACAUCAUAUAGCGCCCCUCCCUCCUCACAUCCUGGCCCCCGAAGCGCACGGUACACCACGUUGUCACACUCAUCGCAUGCAUCGCAGAACUACGAUGAACAAUCACUAGCGUCGUCUGCUUCAACUGGGCAAUUCCAUCAGGGACCACAAGGAUAUCCUCCGCACAAUGGUUUCGACGUCGACCCGGAAGAUGAUUAUGAAGACUAUCCGCCAGCAUCAAGUGUACCUCAGUCAGGUCGUGGAACACCCGUUGGCAGCCGGAAGUCAAAUGGUUUGGGAAUGGACUCAUAUCACUAUCAGAGACAGAGCCAUGGCGUCUCACCUAUAGCUAUCAGCGCCUUGUCAACGACACCGACUCAAACACCGCUUUCCGGCCGACCAUCGAUCUCUCGAGCAUCUGGUAUCUCAGAAGCAAGCUUUGGUCCUGGUGUACCUCAACGACCCAAUGCCCUCCGAAGCCAAUUCAGUUCCACCAGGCUUCGAGGUGACUUCCGACAAGACGUGCGCUCAAGUGGGCCUAGCCCUCAACCGGGCGCUGCUCACCCAACUCCUGCUCGUUCUCGUAGUGCUAGUCAGCCAAGUGCAUAUGUGCCGAGACAAGUGCCACCGCCGUUACCAACAACACCAUGGGCAGAGCGAUCGCAGGGUUCUCAUCCGGACAGCAGACGAGGCAGUGGGUCGAGUCAAUCGACAGUCCCCGAUAGUUCGGAUUAUUCUCCGCAUAGUGGCUCCCCGAUCACGCCCUACGGAUCGAGCGAAUCGUCAUUGGCAGGUGCACAUGGCCGAUCUUCACAACAGCAGCAUCAUUUCGACAAAGUCGUCACUUCGGCGGCCGAGCAAUUAUCGUUGUCGGCACCGGUCAAGGUGAAGGUCCACUUCCAUGAGGACAUCUUUGUGAUCCAGGUACCGUCAUCAACCGAAUACGACGAGCUCGUGGAGCGAGUAGGAAAGAAGAUCAGACUUUGUGGACCGAGACGCGAUGAUGGACCCUUGCGAGUUAAAUACCGAGACGAAGAUGGCGAUCUCGUGUCAUUAGGAUCGACAGAAGAUGUCCAAAUGGCAUUCGAGUCGUUCCAAGGAAAGCAAGUAACACUAUUCGUUCAAUGAACACUCCGUCACCCCCACCAUCAUCUCUGUCUGUCGUCCUACGGCCACAUCCUAGUCCCUUUCAUCUGUCUAUGUCCCGUCAUGUGUCAUACUCACCCUCGGAGCGCUCUCAUUGCUGAUUUGGUUCAGGUCUACUACUUCUCUCGUCGACACUAUCCUUAUAACGUACCAGGAAUCCACUGCGCACAAUUUUCUUUUUUGACUUGAAGGCAAACAAUCUCAAUUCUGUAUUACGACCUCGAUCACGUCUCCUUUGCGCUCGACUCUUUUUCUACCUCCCCUUCUCAAAUACUGCCAGACUACUUUAUACUCUACAACCGCCCGUCGACUUCCGCCGCCUAUUGGGUCUCCUUGCGAGACAAUGCCAACUCAUGAAUCACUCCUUCGCCCUUCCAUCUCUUUUCUACGACAUGGCACCCUCCUUUUCUCAUCCUCUCCUCCUCUCUUACUUCCGUACCGUAUAUCUCCCCAUCAUCUAAGUUGUCGGGUUGUUUGUGUGUAUGCCCUUUCCGUUUCUCCCCCCUACUUUCCUCUUCAAUUCGUGACUUCUCCUUAAGCCCUUAUCCCUCAUUUACUCCGACUUUGGUGUGUCCCUCACCAGACAGUUGAUUCGCGGAUUUUCUUUACCUUUUCAAGCCGUAGUCAAGGUUUCACGCAGAGAUGGGGUGACGGAUCAGUCAAAGUGUUCAUAUGUUCCUACUUUCCUUUUUCUUUCCGUCUUUUCUUCUUUUCUUUCUGAGUCAUUUUCUGAUCACCUACCCCGCUGUCGUGUACGAUUUUUACUAUAGACUCCCUCUGCAUGGUAUGUUUUAGGCUUCUCUGGAAUCAUAUAUUAUUCACUCUGGUCAUGUGUAUAUAUGUGUGCGUUUGCAAUCUCGAACCAAGAAUGCAAUUUUCGAACU